AUGGCCAACAACCAACGCCUAACAGUGGACAAGAUCAAAGUCUACAAUGACCCACGAGUCUCUUUCCUGUCGGCCUUCUUGAACGGCCACACAUACGGCUACCUAUUCAGCCCGGCGUCGGCCUCGGUCCCGAAACGAGGCACCAUCUUCCUCAUCCACGGCUUCCCGGACAUCAGCAUGGGAUGGCGCUAUCAGAUUCCCUUUCUCACCAAACUAGGGCUCGACGUGGUCGCGCCGGACUCGAUGGGCUACGGACGCACCGACGCGCCUAUGUGGACGCUCCAAGACUACAGCUACAAGCGUGCGGCCGACGACAUGGCCGAGCUGUGCCGACAGAGGGGCCUCACCAAGAUCAUCCUGGGCGGCCACGACUGGGGCGGCACGAUCGUGUACCGCAUCGCACAGUACUACCCGGACCUCAUCACGGCGGUGUUUAGCAUCUGCACGCCUUACUUCCCGCCUCUCCCCAAAUACGAACCGCUGGGGAUCCUGGUCCAGAAGCGGCUCCCCAACUUCGGGUACCAGGAACACUUCGUGUCCGGCGAGCUCGAAGAGGUGGUCAAGUCCAAGGCCGAGAUCCGGCAGUUCCUCGUCAACCUGUACGGCGGGCGCACGAAGGACACGCGGGAGGUGGGCUUCGACCCGAACAAGGGGCUCGACCUGGCGCGGCAGGCGUGCAUGGGCAGUACAAAACUCCUCGCGGACGAAGAGCUGGGCUACUACGUGGACGAGUACGCGCGACACGGCGUCUACGGCCCGCUCAACUGGUACCGCACCCGCGAGGUCAACUACAUGAACGAGUGGCGCGACUUCUUCGGCAACGGGCAAAAGGACCCCGCGCAGGCCGAGCAGGACCUGAAGCUGAAGCAGGAGGUCUUGUUCGUCCUCAGCAAGAAGGACCAGGCCCUGCAGCCCUUCAUGGCCGCCAAGAUGCCCGAGCGCAUCGCGCGGCUGACCUGGGCCGAGGUGGAUGCGGGCCACUGGGCGCUGUGGGAGAGGCCCGAGGACUGCAAUCGGAUCAUUGGCCAGUGGCUGGAGGAGAAGGUCUUCCCCAUGAUGGCGCGGGAGAGUAGGCUAUGA